CUGGUGAGCCAGCAUCCAGUGGCCCAGAUCCUGCGGGACCAUGUGAUCUUCAAGAUUGUCCCUAUGCUGAAUCCUGAUGGAGUCUACCUGGGCAAUUACAGAUGUUCUCUGAUGGGCUUCGACCUGAACCGCCACUGGCAGGAUCCAUCUCCGUGGGCCCACCCCACGCUCCACGCCGUUAAGCAGCUCAUCGUGCAGAUGAACCAGGACCCGUCGUUCAGCCAGAGGAACGUAACACAUGCAGGCCUGGGAUUUUCCCUCUUUGUUCCUGAUGUUAAUUAUAAGCAGAGCGUCAGGUCGGUGGGAUUACUGAAGAGGGUUAGUUUGGAGUUCUACAUCGAUGUUCAUGCCCACUCCACCAUGCUGAAUGGCUUCAUGUAUGGAAACGUCUUUGAAGAGGAGGAGCGCGUCCAGAGACAGGCUGUCUUCCCCAGGCUGCUGUGCCAAAAUGCUCCAGACUUCUCCUUUUCCAACACAUCUUUUAACCGGGAUGUGGUGAAGGCCGGGACUGGACGACGCUUCCUCGGUGGCCUGCUGGACGACACUUCCUACUGCUACACUCUGGAGGUGUCUUUCUACAGCUAUAUGACAGCCGGCAGCACCGCGCCAGUACCGUACACCGAGGAAACCUACAUGAAGCUGGGCAGAAAUGUGGCUCGCACCUUUCUGGAUUACUACAAACUCAAUAACUUAAUUAAGGACAGCAGACCAACUCACAUUCGAAGCGCUGAGGUGAUGUCCCAUACUGCUGGAGAUGAGAAUGGUGUCAGGAGAGACACAGUGGACAGAACAAAGGAGUAA